CUGAAUCUUUGUCAACACAAGCUUCCCAUAAUUUUUAACAAUAUAUAUUUUUUUGACAACAAUUAAUUGAUUCAAAAUGAGACAAUUUAAAGCUGCAACUGGUAUUUGUGAUACGGUAUUCACCAACCGCGCAGUACCAAGAUGCUCCCGUCAACUUUCAACAGCUGUCCGACGUCAAACCUCCACUGCGACCUCUCCCUUAUCACUCAAGACCACAGCUCGAUUCCCAACAUCUGCCGCAGCGAUAAGACAGCAGAAGUCUAUUCGUCAUGCUUCAUCGUCCUCGCCAUCAUCAACAGAACUCCGUAAAACCCCUCUCUACGAUCUACAUGUUGCCAAUGGAGGAAAGAUGGUUCCUUUUGGUGGCUUCCACAUGCCAGUCCAAUACUCCGGACUCUCUGUGAGCGCCUCACAUCAUUUCACGAGGGAACAUGCCAGUCUUUUCGAUGUGAGCCAUAUGGUUCAACAUCGGUUUGAGGGUCCAGGAGCAACUGCAUUUUUGCAGAGGAUUACUCCAGCUAGUAUUGCCAAUCUGGCCUUACAUCAGGGAGGGUUGAGUUGUUUGUUGCAUCCUGGGACGGGAGGAAUUGUGGAUGAUACUAUUAUUACGAGACUAGGCCCGGAACUGUUUUAUGUGGUUACAAAUGCAGGAUGUAGAGAAAAGGAUGUGAAAUACUUAGGAGAGGAGUUGCAGGCGUUUGCAAAGGAAGGAGGAGAGAAGGUUGUCUGGGAGGUGCUUGAUGGGUGGGGCUUGGUAGCGCUUCAGGGGCCGGAAAGUGAGGAGAUUUUGAAAGAGGUUGUGGUUGAGGAGUCAGGGGAGGGUGAUCUUAAGGAUUUCUUGUUUGGUCAGUCAAGGUUCAUGAAGAUUCGAUUGGUCGAUGGGACGAUAUCAGGGAAUUUGUUGGUUAGUAGAGGUGGAUAUACGGGAGAAGAUGGAUUCGAGAUAUCUAUACCAGAGAGUGAGACGGUGAAGGUGACCGAAUCUUUAUUGAAGAGUGCCGGCGAGGAAAAGCUACAAUUGGCGGGGCUAGGUGCUAGAGAUAGUCUGAGACUGGAGGCGGGUAUGUGUUUAUAUGGUCACGAUUUAGAUGAUACAACUACACCUGUAGAAGCAGCUCUAGGAUGGGUAGUAGGAAAGGAGAGGAGAACGGAAGGGGGCUUUCACGGUGCUGAAGUUAUUCUUAAACAACUCACCCCGAAAAGUAAAGGUGGAAGUGGAGUAGAAAGAAGAAGAAUCGGCCUGAUAGUCGAAGGAGCACCAGCUCGCGAGGGUGCGGAUAUUGUGAAUGAUAAGGGAGAAAAAAUUGGGAAUAUCACAAGUGGAUGUCCCAGUCCGACAUUGGGCAAGAAUGUUGCGAUGGGCUACAUCAAGGAUGGAUUUCACAAGGCGGGUACAGAUGUAGGAGUGGUGGUGAGAGGCAAAGAGAGGAAGGCAAAGGUUACUAAGAUGCCUUUUGUACCGUCCAAGUAUUGGAAAGGAACUAGUGGGACUGCUCCUGCUUGAUACAUGGGUUAGUUUGGGUGCAGGAGGGUGGUGAAGGAAAAAGAAGGGCGGCGAUGAAAAAUUCAACAUUUGCAACAGGGAUUUGGGAAUGGACAGCAUACUAGCAUGCAUAAUAUCAUUCAACGAAAACCAUGGAGUUAUAUGACAAUAAUUCAGAUGGCAUUACAAGUCUACAUUGAAGGACUGCUGAGUUGUGGAGUUGUGGUUGACCGAUGAGUACACACGUGAGCCUUCCUCUUUUUUUUGUGUCUUGAUAAAAAGCAUGCUUUUCAUUUGGUCUAAGAGCGAGAGGAAGAUUCAAUUAAGAUCUUUGGGAAGCCUCCUCAACGCUUCAAGUUCGGAACAUAUAUAUUUUCUCUAAUAUUUAUGUUGGUGGACUUUUCGGAAAGUCUCUCGAAGAUACUAAGGACUGACACCUGGAGUGUCUAUUUCCAUGAUUCCGUAGUAAUAU